AUACAGCAGAUGCACCCAACAGGACUUGGUGGAAACAGCAGAUGCACCCAACAGGACAUGGUGGAAAAAGCAGAUGCACCCAACAGGACAUGGUGGAAACAGCAGAUGCACCCAACAGGACUUGGUGGAAACAGCAGAUGCACUUCACUAGACAUGGUGGAAACAGCAGAUGCACCCAAUAGAUCAUGGUGGAAACAGCAGAUGCACCCAAAAGGACAUGGUGGAAACAGCAGAUGCACCCAGCUGGACUUGGUGAAUACAGAAGAUGGACCCAGCAGGACAGGGUGGAUACAGCAGAUGCACCCAACAGGACAGGGUGGAUACAACUGGAGGAGACUUGCCUGAUGACGUUGACCUUCCAAACAAGACAUAUCAAAGGAGAUAACUGACACUGAUCAGCUAUACUGGUCAGAGACAAAAAAUAGCUUGUGAUAGUAAACAAGGACAUGGCAUGAUUUAAACAGCUGGAGGAGGCAGGGCUAAUGGAUGCUAAUCUUCCAAGAUGUGGAAAUAGCAGAUGUCCUCAACAAGACGUGUAACAGUAGAUGUACCCAA